AGUUCGAACACACGACGUUAUCGUUGUGACCUAGAAUCAAAGUGAUGAAUAUAUAAAAAUGCAACAGACGUCAAAUAUCACACAAACAAGGUAGUCUUGUUGUAGAACACACAGUUUUCAUUGAGUGGCCAGCGAUUAGCUAAACAAUAUGGCUACCAUUCUCAAAUUGACUACGCUAGCAAUCUUAUUGAGCAGCAGCUACGCAGGAAUUUUGCAUGGAAAUCAUCAUCAUGGCCAAGUCAGCCAUAGCCUAUCACCUCCACCUCUACAAAGUUACUCAGGCUCUAGUGCAGUGUCUUCAAGUUUCUCACCUAGCUCAUUCCCCGAAGGUUCGCUUCCUUCGGCAACUUAUUCAGGAUCCGGUUUCCACAGUGGUGGAUUUGAAUCAAAUUCGGGAUUGGGAUUAGGAUCUGCUGGAUUAACUGGAGUUUCUUUUGCGAGUGGUAGUUUAUCUGGGUCAGGAUUAAGUGGAUCGGGAUCAAUUGGACCUCUCAUUUCUGCGCCCGUUAGCGCUGGAGCUACCUUACCAGGACUUGGAAGUGGACUACAAGCUGUUGGACCUUCUUCAGUAGGCUUUGGGGGCAACGGAUUUGUUGGUGGUGAUUCACUACCCGCUGGGCCUAAAGCUCCAGUGAUUACUGAAAUUCAUGGUCUUGCAAAUAACAACGGAGCACCCACUCAGUAUCGUGUACGUGACGAAACUUACCAAGUUGUCCGUCAAGUAACCCACCGAGUUCCCCAGCCAGUACCUUUCCCGGUGCCACAAAGGGUUCAAGUUCCCUAUCCUCAACCUUACCCAGUCCAAGUUCCAGUUGUGAGGAACGUACCGGUUCCAGUAGUGAAGAUUCAACACGUGAAAGUUGACAAACCUGUACCUUACCCCGUUGAAAAAAUAGUCCAAGUUCCCGUAGAGAAAGUGGUCGAAGUACCAGUUGACCACCCUGUUCCUGUUGAAAAGAUUGUUGAAGUACCUAUAGUUAAAGUUGUUCAGGUUCCAGUUCAUGUUGUAAAGAAAUAUCCAGUACCGGUAGUUAAGACUGUACAUCAUAAGGCUCACUCUAGCCACGGUCAUGGACACGGUUGGUCUAAAUGGUAAUUUAACAAUAAAAAAAAACAGUAACAAAUAUCUCAUGUACAAUGCAACCUAGUCUAUUUGUUUUGUAAAUAUGCCAAGUAAAAAGCUCAUCGUGAGGCUGCAAAGUAGGGUGUUAACUAAGUCAUUAAUUUAGGUAAAUUCUUCUAUAAUUGUUUUUUUUCUUAUUGUACUUUCUUAAUACCUUUUGUAAAUAGUAUUAUAAGAUUGAUAAUUUUUUAAUAAAAAUUAUUAUCCGCAGACGGA